AUGUGUGAAAUCGCUCAAUUGAAUGCGUUGCUUAAAAUCACUGCGGCUAAAGUUGAUAUUGAGGAUGAAUUCCUCGGUCACUACAUAAAUAAAAUCAUAAAAAUAAUUACUUCAUCAGAUCUGAACAAACCUGUUACGGAGGAGUUGACACUAUCCAUCAAAUGCUUAACCAACAUAUGCUCAACAUCUCAAGGAAUACGUCUUUUGACUGAAGUACUGUCCGAUGAAAAAAGCCGUGAAGAGUUUACUAACGUUCUCUCACUCAUUGCUUUGAACAGUUCCAGAAACGGUUCCGAUUUAGGAUCCUUGACUGUUAAUUCGAUUUCAAACAUGACUCGGGAUCCCUUGUUGCUAAAUUAUUUUAACAAACAUUUUGAUAAGCAGCAUAUUAUUUCGAUUAUGGAGUCAGAUUUUACCGUCCAGCAAUUCCUUCCGAUCAUUUUGAAUUUAACUACCGAAGACUCAUCACGUCAUGUCAUAUCAUCAACAUUACUACCACGGCUUAUUGAUUUAUUUCCUCAGUUAACGUCCGUUUCAGAUAAAGUUCUUAUAUCUGGCAUCAUAAAAAACUGUUCAUUCGAAGAUGAUCUCCACUGUAAACUGCUUGAUAAAAGUGUGGCUUUUCUUGAUAAAUGGUUAAUUCCCUUGUGUGGUCCAGAAGAUUGUAUUAACAAAGAAGAUCUUGCUGUGUUGCCUAAAUCUGUACAGACUGUUUCUGGCAACCCCAAUAUUCCCCGUUUAUUUUCUGCUGACUUAUGCCUCACUAUUUGCCAAACGUUCUUACAGUUUUGUUCCACUAGUCAUGGACGUACAAUUCUCCGAUCUAAUGGUGUGUAUUUUAUUUUACGUGAGUUACACAAAUAUGUCUCAAUGGUUGAAGGGCAGGUAUCAUCUUCUGAGAGUGGGGAGAAAAAUUUAAUUAAAGAAUUGCUAUUUUAUAUCGAACAGGUGGUAGACCAACUUAUUUGUGAAGAAAAUGAGCGUGAUCAAAAUUACACUGAAUCCAGUCUCAGAGAAAUACCUGUCGAUACAAUGACAAGCGAGAAGCUAGAACGAGCAAAACAAGACUAUUUAGAAUGUAAAUAA